GAAAACCCGGACAGCCAAAGCCUCUCACUGACUUCUACAGCAAUACAUGUGCAAACAGUUAUAUACUUAUUGAUGCAUCUAAGAUAAGAGAAAGGUAAAGCAUGCCAAAGUCUCUGAAGAAGUCGUGCACCGCUCAAACCUCCAUCAGCAGAUACUUCGGAGGUCUGAGCAGCAGGACUGUGUCUCAGUGUGGGAUUAACAAGAAUCCUGCCGAGCAGCAGCCUUCAAGGGGCAAGAAGAAACGGUCCCCUGAUGAUAGUUUUGGAUUGCCAACAAAACGAACCAAGCUUCCUGUACAUGACCUGCAGGUGGAGGAUUUAAACUCUGAGCCUCCCUCCUUUCAGAGCAAUAAAAAGACAACGGUAAUAUCAAGCCCAGAAGCAGCAGGCCUCUGCUCCUCCACCUUGGAGAAGCUGAAAGGCUUCACCUGCUCGACUGAGGCCACUGAUGGUGCUAGCAGUAAAAUCUGUGAAGGAGGAAGCAGUAUCCGGCCUACUCAGGACAUUACUGAACAACACCGCAAUACAAAUAAGCCUCAUCAGCCAGGAGAGGAGCAUGAGGAGGAAGAGGAUGUUGAAGAAACAGGGGGUUCGAGGCUUGCUGCUUCAAAACAGGGGUUCCAUUUUUCUCAGUUUGCCAAUUCAGGAGGAGGGGGAGGGGGAGUCAGGUUUGCAGAGCUAACUCUCCCUUCAGACUUGAGCGCCCCCUCGAAGCGCUCGAAGAAAGUGUUCACCCCCCUGGAGCAGCAGGUGAUUCAGCUGAAACGACAGCACCCGGAUGCAUUGUUGGCUGUGGAGUGUGGCUACAAGUACAGGUUCUUUGGAGAGGAUGCAGAGAUUGCUGCAAAGGAGCUCAAUAUCUUUUGUCACCUGGAUCAUAACUUCAUGACGUGCAGCAUUCCGACACACCGUCUGUUUGUUCACGUUCGACGGUUGGUGUCCCAUGGACAUAAGGUUGGUGUGGUAAAGCAGACGGAGACGUCUGCAAUCAAGGCCUCAGGGGCCAAUAAGAACGCUCUGUUUGCUCGUAGGCUGAGCGCUCUGUACACCAAGUCCACUCUGGUGGGAGAGGAUGUGAACCCAGUCUGCAGUCUAAGGGCUGUGGAGGAGGGGGUCUGUGAUGAAGUGGUGUCGGACCCCCCUGACAGCUUCCUUCUGUGUAUCAGUGAGAGUUGGGACAAAGUGAAGAAGCAGCUAACUGUGGGGCUGGUGGCAGUCCAGCCGAGCACAGGUGACGUUUUACUGGAUUGUUUUCCUGAUGAUCCUUCUCGAUCCGAACUAGAGGGUCGUGUCCUAAAGAUCAAUCCUGUGGAGAUCCUGGUGCCCUCCGACCUCUCAGAACAGACUCACAGACUCCUGCAGAGCAUCGCUGCCGCCAGCGCUCAGGCUGAUGACCGAGUGAGAGUUGAGAAGAGGGACAGCACUCAGUUUGAGUUCGUCUCAGCCAUGAACACAGCAACAGAGUUCUACUGCCACACCCAGGAGAAAGGCUCUCGCUCUCUGUCGAGUGUAGCAUCCUUGGAGAGCCCAGUGAUCUGCUGUCUGGGGCCCCUCAUUCAAUACCUCCAAGAAUUCAACUUGGAGAGAGUUCUUAGAAGUGAAAGCUCAUUUCGGCGUCUGUCCUGUGAGUCGGAGGGUAUGAUUCUUGGUGCGGCCACCCUCAGGAACCUGGAGAUCUUAAACAAUCAGACAGAUGGCGGGCUGAAGGGCAGUCUGUUGUGGGUGUUGGACCACACUCGCACUGCAUUUGGGAAGAGAAUGAUGAGGAAGUGGGUGAGCCAGCCCCUCACAGACAUGAUGUCUCUGUCAGAGAGGCAGGAUGCUGUGCAGGAGAUCCUGGAGUCACCCUUGCUCACUCUAGGUUCCAUCAAAUCUCUGCUGUCGCAUCUGCCUGAUUUGGAAAGAGGCAUCUGCAGCAUUUACCACAAAAAGUGUUCCACGCAGGAGUUUUACCUUAUUAGCAGUAGUCUUUCCCGCCUGGGGCUGGAACUGCAGGCCUUGCUCCCAGCUAUCCAUUCACAGAUCAGCUCUGCGCUCCUCCGAGGCGUCUUGUUGGACACACCUAACCUGCUGGCUCCGGCCCACAGCCACCUCAAGGUGCUCAAUGAAAAGGCAGCCAAGUCGGGAAAUAAAACAGAGCUGUUCUCAGAUCUGUCCGGCUUCCCAGUGCUGCAAGAGAGGAGAGAGGAGAUCCAGACUGUCAUGAACGAGAUUCAAGACCACCGAAAAGAAGUCCGGCGGAUGCUGAAGGCCCCGGCACUCAACUACACGACAGUGUCUGGACAGGAGUUUCUGAUUGAGGUGAAGAACUCGCUGUCGUCCACUGUUCCACCUGACUGGGUCAAAAUCAGCAGCACCAAGGCAGUCAGCAGAUAUCACUCUCCUUUCCUGGUGGAGCGCUACAAGAAGCUGCUGCAGCUCCGAGAGCAGCUGCUGCUGGACUGCCAGAAGGAGUGGACCAAUUUUCUUGAUCAGUUUGGGGAGCACUAUCACACCAUGAAAAGAGCUAUUAGUCACCUAGCAACCAUGGAUUGUCUCUUCUCAUUGGCUGAGGUGGCUAAACAAGGAGACUAUUGCAGGCCUGAGGUGAGUGAAGAUCAGCGUCAGAUUUUGAUCAGGGAUGGACGACAUCCUGCGAUUGACUUACUGAGGGGAGAGCACAACCAGUAUGUACCUAACCUCACCGAACUGCAGGGGGAUGGCAGGAGAACCAUGAUAAUCACGGGUCCUAAUAUGGGGGGUAAGAGCUCCUACAUCCGGCAGGUGGCCCUGAUUUGUGUGAUGGCUCAGAUGGGCUCCUAUGUCCCGGCCUAUGAGACCCGCCUGGGCAUGCUGGACGGCAUUUACACCAGGAUGGGGGCUUCAGACAACAUCUACAAAGGGCGAAGUACAUUCAUGGAAGAGUUGACUGAAGCCUCAGAGAUCAUUUCUCGUGCAACCGACCAUUCAUUGGUGAUCCUUGAUGAGCUGGGACGGGGCACGAGCACUCAUGACGGUAUUGCGAUCGCCUAUGCCACCUUGGAGUACUUCAUCAGAGAUGUGAAAGCCCUCACCCUGUUUGUGACCCAUUACCCUCCUCUGUGCGAAUUGGAGCGGGUGUAUCCUGAACACGUGUCUAACUUCCACAUGGCUUUCCUACUCAAUGAACCUGACAUCAACACUGAAAUUGACGACGAAGAGGUUCAGCCAGAGUUCAUCACUUUCCUCUACCAGUUAACUGAAGGAGCAGCAGGACGGAGCUACGGCCUCAAUGUUGCCCGAUUGGCUGACAUCCCAGACCCUAUACUACACACUGCUGCACACAAAGCUCGAGAGCUGGAAAGCACGGUCAACGCCAGGAGGAAGAAUAAAAAACUUCUCUCAGAUCUCUUGAGCAUCUCGGACAGGUCAUCCCUCAUGGAGUGGUUGCAGUCACACUCUGCAUUGGUGCAACACCAGGAAAACACACUCCCUGCAAUCAGUGAAUGAGCAUGCUCAAGGAAGGAUACACGGAAGCUCAGAAGUCCAAACUUGUCUUCGAAAGGGCACAGCACUGAGUGGAGUCAUUUUUGUCAGUGUUUGUGUGCGUUUCUGCAUUUCACCAUCAUGUGUACUGUAGCUGUUUGCUAAAUAUAAAUUCUUCCAGACUAAAAAUAUUUCACUUCCAGACAAUAUUUGAAAUCAGUGUUUGAUGAUUAAAAAAGUAAAAAAAUGGAAA